AUGGUCUACCAUGGCUUGUCUGAGAUGACCAUGGUCAACCAUGGUUUGUCUGAGAUGACCAUGGUCUACCAUGGCUUGUCUGAGAUGACCAUGGUCAACCAUGGCUUGUCUGAGAUGACCAUGGUCUACCAUGGCUUGUCUGAGAUGACCAUGGUCUACCAUGGUUUGUCUGAGAUGACCAUGGUCUACCAUGGCUUGUCUGAGAUGACCAUGGUCAACCAUGGUUUGUCUGAGAUGACCAUUGUCAACCAUAGCUUGUCUGAGAUGACCAUGGUCAACCAUGGCUUGUCUGAGAUGACCAUGGUCUACCAUGGCUUGUCUGAGAUGACCAUGGUCUACCAUGGCUUGUCUUAG